AUUGCUUACCAGAAAUACGCAGCGCAUCAACUGCUUGCAAAGUUUCAAUUAUCCAGUGAAAAUCUCUGCCAGGACCAGCUGUGAACGGUUUCAAAUUUUAACCAUUGGCCCAAUAUGAUGUUUUGCUGUCUGAAGAACUGCCUGAAUGGUGUUAUUCCGGCGCCAUCCGUUCCACUGAAAAGGGAACAUGACCCAAUCCAGCUAGAUACGUCACAUAUGGGUCACGAAGUCGUUGUGAUAAAAGGGGGCCAACGAGCGUGCGGUUCCGGUGGAGUUCUGGCAAACACUCCACUUUUGCAGUCGAAAUCCUACUUCGAGGUAAAACUGCAACAAGGUGGCCACUGGUCCAUCGGUUUGGCUACUCAGAAUGCAGAUCUGAACCAGUCACUGGGCGGUUUCGACAAAGAUUCCUGGUGUCUCAAUUCGGAUAACUGUGUGUACCACAAUGCAAAACUGAUUCACAAGCUGGAGCGAAAAUCGACUGGGACAAAUGGCAAAUCACCUCCUCUCACACAACAUGUGGAUGACAAACUCGAAUCACCAUUGAAUGCGCCUCAGCUGGUGAACGACACGGGCCUACCGGACGAGGGAGAUAUCAUUGGAGUGGCUUACGAUCACGUGGAGCUAAAUUUCUACCUUAACGGAACGAACUUGAACGUUCCGGUGCUCAACGUUCGAGGAACUGUGUUUCCCUGCAUUUUCGUAGAUGAAGGUGCCAUUCUAGACAUUGUGCUCGAUAAUUUUAGCUCCAGUCCGCCUCCCGGAUUCGAGCGAAUAUUGAUAGAGCAAUCUUUGCUGUGAUUGCUUUAUUUUAGUUCUCAAAAUUACGUUAUGUUUCUAUUUUGCUCCUCUACUUCGUAAUAUUAUUAAUGUUCAACUAUCUAAUUCUUAACUCCUAUUCUCAUAUUGAAUAAGUCUUCUUUCUUCUCAACAGUCAAAAUCAAAUAAAUGUUAUUAUUUAUUAAAAAUGUAAAAACUAUAAUAGGACCAUAACACCUUUCGUUUUAUUGAUAUCCAUUUCAAUAGACUUUUAUUUAAAUUUUAUACUUAAAUUUUAGUUGACAAUCCCAAAAAAAGAUAAAAUGUUUAAAAAGCCUAACUAGAUGUCCAGGUAAAGCGCUUAUUAUAUUUUGCUAGCAUAUUGAACGAUGAAAAAAAUAAAUAUUUUGCUGCAAAACUUGUAGAAUGCUUUUAUCAAAAUGAUAUUUUUUGUAGUGUUGAAUCCUUUUUCUAAUCCCAAUAAUCUAAGCGGGCCAACUGGUUUUUGGUCAAUCAACUGAAUAAUUGCACAGAAUAAGACAUUUAUACCUCCAACACUUGUAUAUUUUCAUACUGUGCUGAUUUUUCAUUAACUG